AUGACAUCAGAAAAAGCAGCUACUGCGCAAUCAAAUAAAUUUAAAAAGAGAUUUGUGAGCCCAAAAGCUUGUAAAUCUGAGCCUGAAGUAAGCAUCCUGCCUUGAGUCCUUCAUUAUAAUAUUGUGAAAGUGAGACAAAUAGUGUACCACAAGCAUAAAUUAUACAUUGCCAUGGACUGUGCAAUGGAUACUCUUGAGGAUGUAUUCGAGACUGUAAGGGUAGGAACAAGAGUCAGAUUCACAGAUGAGCGUAUCCGAGGUUAUAUGAUGGACAUCAUGGAAGGAGUCCAUGCAAUUCAUUCCAAACUUUAUAUGCAUUGAGACAUUAAUCCUGAAAACAUCCUGAGAUUUGACAAUAAAAGACUUAAAAUAGGAGACUUUGGAUCAGCCCAGGUUAUUGCUAAUGAGGAGAGGCUUCAUUCUUAUGAAGGAGCUAGGUCUUAUAGAGCUCCAGAGCUUACAUUAGGAUCAUUAUCUUACACAGAAGCAGUUGAUAUCUUUGCUUGAGGAUGAAUACUUGCUGAAUUUUUCCUUCUUGAACCAAUAUUUCAAGCUAAAACAUCAAAAGAAAUAUUCAUGGCUCAAUGAAAAAUACUUGGCACUCCUUCAGAAGAAGAUUGGCCAGAAGGAUAUAUUCUUGCAGAUUCAGAUGAUUUUGAUAUUCCUUAUUAUCCACGUAAUGAGCCAGUAGCAGAUAGACUGAUGGCAUUAAUCCCAGAAAUAUCUCCACAAUGAGCAGACCUCUUAUCUAAAAUGCUUGAAUUUAAUCCAAAAUAA